CCAAAUUCAACCAUUGUUGGUCGAGAGUUCCAUGGCCUAGUUGAACACUGUUAAAAAAAAUUCAAUCUUUACAAUUCCGCCUUGAUUAAAAUCUCACCAACGCCGCAAAAAUCGAGCGGAAGCCUCGAACCAAUGUACGGAGCAUCAGGAAAAAUGGGCCGCCGCGGCGGCGGCGGGAAGAGGAACAUUCACGCGCCGCCAACCGGCCGCCCUACCCCCAGCGGCCGCCUCUCCAUGGGCGGAGGUCUACGCGGACGCGGCGGACCGCCGGCGUCGUCCCCGUCGACCUCCUCGCUGCAGGUGGAGGAGAGCUUCAGCCUUGUUAGGGAGAAACCUUUGAAUUUUGGGAUGGCGAUAAAGCUGACGACUGACCUUGUGGAGGAGAUCAAGCGCGUGGAGGCGCAGGGUGGUGCCGCGUGCAUCAAGUUCGGCGCCAAUGCUAGUGGGAAUGUGAUUCAAGUAGGGGACAAAACCAUCAAAUUCACUUGGUCCAGGGAGCCAGGGGACUUAUGUGAUAUAUAUGAAGAACGUCAGAGUGGCGAUGGUGGAAAUGGCUUGCUUGUAGAGUCAGGAGAAACUUGGCGUAAGGUUAAUGUAGAGCGAGAAUUAGACGAAUCAACUAAAAAUCAUGUCAAAAGGCUGUCAGAAGAAGCCGAGCGCAAGAUGAAAGCACGAAAAGCAAUUGUGUUAGAUCAUCAAAAUCCAGCUAUGAAGAAUCAAAUGAAGGCAUUUGCUGCUUCUGAAUCUACUCAAUGGAAAAGUUUCAAAAAUUGGAAAGAACCUCCUUUCAAGAAGCCAAAAUGUGAACCAACACCAGCUGUUGGACCUCCGAAAUCUGUUUUCAAGCCUGGUUUACCUGUAUCAAACCUUUCUAAGGGCAGGCUCUCUUCUAGCUCACCUUUAUCUUCCCAACCAGAGCAAUGUGGCCCUUCAACGUCUCCAGUAGGAAUUGGUGACCCUGUGAAGGGACAAACUGGUGUCUCAGAUUUUGCAGCAACUCAAAAUCUGAAUAAAGCUUUGAGCUCUGAAAAUAACAUAGCCAACAGAAGGAAUAGUACCAUCGGCGACAAAUCUAAGUUUAAUUGGAAUGAUGAAGCCAAACCUGCUGAUUUGAGAAGUCUGAUUACUUCUCUACUCCUGGAGAAUCAGUCUUCAGGAAUGAGCCUAAAGGCCUUGGAGAGGGCUGUCGAAAAUGCUAUACCCAACUCAGCUUGGAAAAUUGAGCCCAUACUGAAUCAAAUUGCGAGUUGUCAAGCACCUGGGAGAUAUUUCCUAAAAGCAGGAGUAGAGAUGGAAAGCUUCAAGAAGCUACCUCAAAGCGGAAGUUCUCCAGAAAUUAAUCUUGAUCAAUCACCUACACCUCAAAAGUUUGACCAACUUCCUGGCGAACGUCACAUGAGUACAGAUGUCAACAAUGAAGAACUGGGUGAAUUGAAUCUUACACCUGCUCAUACAGAAGACAUUGUAGAGAUCAUAGGUAGUCAGAAUUCACCUGACAAUUUAAGUGACAAAAACGUUUCUAACAACAGCGAAGGUGUGGCAGGAUGCUCCAGUGAUAGUGGAAGUGACAGUGACACUGAUAGUAGUGACAGUGGUAGUGAUAGUGGCAAAAGUAAAAGCAUAAGCCCAGUAGGAAGUCGGAGUGGUAGUAGUAGUGACAGUGAUACCGAUUCAUCUUCCAGCAGCAAGCAGGCAUCUGAUGAGGAUUUAGAUAUUAUGACAUGUGAUGAUGAGAAAGAAUCCAAACACAACAUGCAAGAUCCUCACCCGGCUGCAUCAAGAGGUCCCGGUCAGUGGAAUAACAUAGAUAAUGACCCUGUUGAUACCGGGGAUUCAGAUAUUCAGGAUCCCUUUGGUGAGAUUGAGAUUGACAUUGAGAAAGACUCUCCUGAAUACAACCAUGGCCACAAAAUCCCCCCUGCUGAUAAUUUAUUUGCCAGUAAAGAAGGCGAAGAACCUGGUGAAGAUCUCAAACCUUCUUCACCCGAUCAAUAUGAACAACAAGAAAGACGAGUCUCUGAGAGAGAAGGAUAUGAUGAAUCAGGUGGCAUGGUCAAUGAUGACUACAAAUAUGGUGAGUUUGGUGCUCAGGGAAGAUCAUCAAAGGGAAAUUCUAAAAGACGCUCUGAUGACAAGCAUUUGGAAGGCAGGGCACGCAGCAAAAAGAAGUCAAAGAGUAAAAACUCAAUCGAACCAGUUUCAGGGACUAUAAACUCUCUUUUCGGUGAGAGCCCUUACAACUCGUCCCCUGACAGGCCUCUGCAAGGCACAGACACGCAGCCCGUUGACCUAAAGGACGACAGAACCUAUAGAAAUGAUACAAAUUAUGCUGAUCCACAAACAGGUCAUAAUCACCAAGCAAUAUCACACAGACCUGUUUCCGAUUUUCAGCAGCCAGCUCAAAGAUCUUCUGAAGCUCGUGGAUGGACUGAGGCUCCUUCUGGAGGAAAAAGACCUGGUAAACAUAACCGUUUGGAUCGUGGUGUUAAGUACUCCAAGAGAAACCUUCAAAUCGAAGAGGGUCCUCAGAUACAGAAAAGAUUUAAUACAGAUGCACAAAGUGAAGAUGGUUUACUUAACGGGCAACAGCAUUUACAAUUUCCCACAGGAGGAGUUGGCGACAAGCAUGAACCCAAUACCAGAAAAUCUGAAAUGACAGGGAAGGCGAAGGAGACUGGCCCUACUUCCAACUCAUACUGGGGUUAUUCUCCCAAGAGUAACAAUCUUGGUACUGCCGAUAGAUCUCCAAUGAUGAAUGGCAGGACUGCUGUACUUCGAAGAGAGCCUUCAGACUUAGAGUUGGGUGAAUUUCGAGAACCUUUCCAUGAGGAAACACCUCCAUCUAAGAAGCAAUUUGAGAGGAAAAAUUCUUUUAAACAUUCGGAAAACAAACAAAAGGAUGCUGAAUACUGGAUCUCAGAUUUCAGCGGAGGAAAAACAUCUAAUAAGAUCCCAGCAGAUCUGGGAAAAAUGUCCUCACCAAAUUCAGAUGCUGUUCCUGAUAGGAGGAAGGCCCAAGAAAAUAAUGUUAACGACCGUACAAGACCUCAUCACAGAAGCACUCAACCUCUUGAUCCACCUCAUCUGCCACGAGUGGAUCUCAACUCCCAGCAAAAUACAAUACCAGAAGUGAGUGGUAAGACUAGAUUUAUGGAAGCUGGGAUGGGAAGAGCUGCUAACAUUGAACCCUAUGGAGAACAGCAGCCUGAUCCAAUACGAAGAGUUGAACCCCGUGCCACAAAGCAAUGCAAGAAACUGAAGCCUAAUAGGACAAAUGUCUCAAAUGAUAGACGGACAGUGAUUGGGAGCAAUGAUAGCCAUCAAAAGAAAUUGUCUUCUUCAGAUGAUACCAGUUGUUCAUUCACUAAAUUUGAGAAGGAGCAGCCUGAGCUGAAGGGUCCGAUAAGAGAUAUUUCUCAGUACAAAGAAUAUGUGAAGGAAUAUCAAGAAAAGUACGACAGCUAUUGCUCCUUGAACAAAAUCUUGGAGUCGUACAGGGAUGAAUUUCGUAAACUUGGUAACGAUCUCGACGCUUACAAAGGUAGGGAUAUGAAGAAAUACAAUGACAUCUUGGAGCGGAUGAGGUCAUCAUUUCGUCAAUGUGGGGAGAAACAUAAACGCCUGAAGAAUAUAUUCGUUGUUCUUUAUGAAGAAUUGAAGCACUUGAAACAGAUGAUCAAAGACUAUUCUACAUCAUAUAAAAAGGACUGAUUCUGUUAUGCAUCAAAGACUAUUCUACUUUGGAAGUAUAUACAUCAGCAGAUCUGCUCCUUGUCACCAUCCUCCAUUGUUAACGAGGUUUCCCACGCUCCAGUUUGUAUUCCGAAAGGUCAGUCGCGACAGCUCUUGCUGCAACCCCAUGAAGUGUGGACGAGUGAAGUGGAAAAUAGUUAUGGGACAGUUUUGUGGGAUAAAACUUGUAUAUAUGAAUGUAUAAUAACUAUUAAUUAUUUUUAGUUCUUACUGAUACAACUAUUCUUAUGAUUUCUUGAGGGAGAUGUUCUAGCUGAAUUACAUGUAAAUUUCUUUAGUUAGUAUCAUAGUUGAUGCUGGUAGAAACAGGAGCCAAAAUUGGUUCCAAGUUUUGUUCUUUGUAAAUUUAAUCUGGUUACUAGUUUGGAUUGCUUUCAGUUUUUGGCCUUUAUUCCCUUUUCAGAAAUAAAUACUAGUACUAUUUAGAUA